AUUGUGUUGAUGAUGCACAAAUGUAUCAUCGCACAAAAUUAAACAUUAUGGCUCCUGUAUUUAAAUAAUUCGCUUAACGGUGAAACUGGGCAGAGCUCUGAGGGCCUCAGUAGGAUGGCCGCUCCUCCGUUGGCCGUGCAAGGUGACAUUAUCCAUCUGAAUGUCGGUGGCACACGGUUUUCCACAUCAAGACAAACAUUGACAUGGGUCACAGAUUCUUUUUUUUCAAGCAUGUUAAGUGGAAGGAUAUCCACUCUAAAGGAUGAAACGGGUGCAAUAUUUAUAGACCGAGAUCCAAAGUUGUUCUCUGUGGUUUUGAGUUUUCUGAGAACAAAAGAAAUAGACCUCCAAAGUGUGGAUCUACAUGCUCUGCGCCAUGAGGCCGAAUUUUAUGGCAUUUCUCCGCUGGUUCGGCGACUUGUGCUGUGUGAAGAUCUGAAUCAUGCCUCAUGCGGAGAUGUGCUGUUUCACGGCUACUUGGGGCCUCCAUUGGCUCCUGCCCCAGAGGGAGGUGUUUUGGACAAGCGCCACUCACAGUCCAUCAGCAGUCUAGACCUGGGAGCCAGCACGGAGACCAGCCGCCCUGGCACAGUCCUACGUCUCCCAGACACCGCCUCUUACAGAACUCAUUCCAGGAACUCCUCUGUUGAUCUGCGCGUAAGCCACACCCACUCCCGCCAAUCAUCCCUUGACCUGCGAAAUCGGACACAUUCCCGAAACUCGUCACUAGACCAGCGACACUCUCGCAAUUCUUCCCUCGACCUCAAGAACAGUGCUGCUGUCAGUAACUGCGUGGACCCCCUCCGUGUUACCCUGGUCAGAGGACAUCAUAACUGGAUCUGUGUGGCUUAUCCCCAUUUUGUCUGCUGUUUUAGGAUGAAGGACUCAACAGGCUGGUACCUGAUCUGGACGAGUCCGUACAUGGAUAGUGUGGUAGAGAGAAUAGCCAUCAAUGCCAAGGUGCUCAAUCCAAGCCAGGACAACAUCAACAACAAGAUGGUGGCUGUGGCCCUGUGCAGUUUAAUCCGUCUGUGGUCAAUCAGCGAUGACGGGGAGUGCCGGGAAAUUGGCACAUUCAACCUGAAUGUCUCCGUGGACUCGUUGUUCUUCAUCGGCAGUCAAUUAGUGGCUCUCAGCCAAACGGGCAAGGUGGGGGUGUGGCACGCGAUGACACAGCACUGGCAGAUUCAAGAUGUGGUUCCCAUCACCAGUUAUGACACAGCGGGUUCUUUCCUGCUCCUAGGUUGUAACAAUGGUUCUAUUUAUUACAUCGACAUGCAGAAGUUUCCAUUACGAAUGAAGGAUAAUGACCUGCUGGUGACAGAACUAUACAGAGACCCCUCAAAUGACAUGGUUACAGCCCUUAGUGUCUACCUUACCCCCAAAACCAGUAUAAGUGGUAACUGGAUAGAGAUUGCUUAUGGGACAAGCGCUGGGACUGUGCGGGUAAUUGUGCAGCAUCCUGAGACAGUGGGUCAUGGGCCACAACUCUUCCAGACAUUCACUGUCCAUCGCAGCCCAGUGACAAAGGUCAUGCUCUCUGAGAAAAACCUUGUUUCCGUUUGCUCUGAGUACAACCACGUGAGGACGUGGAGCGUCACGCGGUUUAGGGGGAUGAUAUCCACCCAACCCGGAUCCACUCCCCUCGCCUCCUUCAAGAUUGUUUCCUUAGAGGAGAUGGACCCACACGUCAGUUACAGUGCAGGCAAUGAUUUUGGUCCAUUUGGGGAGCAAGAUGACCAGCAGGUGUUUGUCCAGAAGGUCGUCCCGGAGACUGACCAGCUGUUUGUUCGUCUAUCCUCCACUGGACAGAGGGUGUGUGUGAUCCAGUCUGUGGACAGUAGCACAAUCAGUGCGUUUUGCGUGCAUGAGUGUGAGGGCUCAAGCAGGAUGGGGUCACGCCCCCGACGCUAUCUCUUCACGGGUCAUUCCAACGGGAGCAUCCAGAUGUGGGACUUGACUACUGCCAUAGACAUAAUGAACAAGGCUGAUCAGCCCUCGUCUCACUCUAGCCCUCUCCCGGGUGGACCCACCGCCUCAGAACUGGUGAAGGUGUUAGAUCAGUGUGACCUCAUCAACUCCCGAGGCUCUACUCCCUGUGUCAGCCCUUCCCCCUCCAUGAUGCUCGCCCCUGGCUUUCUGCAGGGCCUUCACUUUUCACGCUCCAAGGGAAUCCCACCGGGGGUGUGGAGUGGGGGCGGGGCUCAGCCUGGAGAUAUUCCCCAUCUGGAGGGUGCUACUGCAGACACACGUUUUCAGAUCACACGGUUCUGACAAUCACAGAAGAUGGAUUCUUAAUUUACACAGAAGUAAUCUUUGGUUUUGUUUAUCAGCAAAGUCUCACUUCUUGCAAGAAAAAAAGAGCUCUCAUCGUAGGUAAUUACAUCUGUCUGUGUCUGCCCAUGUCGAAGUUCAAGGCAGGUAAAUCUUAGAAAUCCGACUGUAAACACUCAGAUCUUCCAAACUCUAUGACAGCACUGGGCAUCAUACAUGUAGCUAGUGUCUUCUGCAUGGUUUUCCAUGUUAGACAACAUUCAAAUUUUUGAGAAUUAAACCUAUUUGCAACAAAGAGAUAGCAUCAUCAUAUCAACAAAAUAAGGGGCAAAUGAUGAUUUUUAUUAAAUUGAUGCUGUAUCUUUUUGAUUGCUUGUUAGAUGUUAUGUAAUCAGGCUUACAUUGUGCAAUGGGAAAUUCUUCCACAAGCAUGUCCCUCGCUAUAUUCUCAGUAACUAUGAAAUUAAAGUUCAUAUUUUUAUGCUGUCAGUCUUGUCUCUGAACGACAUAUGACAUUUCUGCCUGUUUAUUAUCAUAGUAUGCCCAAGGGUCUGAAAAGAUGUGACUACAGUUGAAUCCAUCAUGCAGAUUUGACAAUGGGUGACCAUUCACUGAAAAAGUUCUUAGCAGCGUUUAAAGAUGUCACUGAAGUGGAGCACUCAUCAAAGGAGCUUUGGCGAUGGAGUAGAUGUUACACUGAUAGACUAGUCACUGAUGGAAUCCAUUACAGGCAUGAUAAGAUAGACUUGAGACAGGAUGAACCCAUCUGUAUCUACAGAACACUACAACACAUGGACAUGCAAUUUUACUGUUGUUUGCAUUUCUGGUGUGGAAAGAAAACAGCUGCCAGAUAGAUAGCCCUGAAGAAUGAUAACUGAAAGGUGAAAAAGGCUCAAAGUUUUCAAGUGAAAUUGUCAUUUUGAUUUCUUAAUGGCGUGUGCCUGUACUUGAUUGUUACACAGGUAGUGAGACCUUCCAUGGCCUGUGACCAUACUCAGAUGUUAAUUUACAGGUGAGACUUUCCAUGGUCUGUGGCCAUACUAAAGUGUUAAUAUAUAAAUGAGACCUUCCAUGGCCUGUGGCCGUACUCAAGUGUUAAUGUACAGGUGAGACUUUCCGUGGCCUUGGCUGUACUUAAAUAAAUGAAAGUGUAUAUACAUUCAUUUGUUUAUAUCACGUUGGUCCCCAUACAUUCGUCUGUUUUGUUGGCCUUACUGACCAAAUGUAUAUUGCUAUGUGUGGCAAUUCAUGUUUCCGGUGACUUAUUUAGACUCAGUGGGAAAUAGCUUUACCAGAACAGGGGUGACAUCCAGUUAAUAUGCCUACCCUGUUCUAGCAGGAUAGAGACUAUGUGGAUGUUUGGUGGGAGACAGAGUUAGUGUCGCUGGUAUGCUGUGGAAUAAAAUGAUAACUUAGAUUGUGUUGUAUGAAAGUCUUCAUUGCCUGUUUAUAUUAUAGGCAAAAUUCUGAUUUGUUCUCCUCAACAGAAUAGUAGUUAUGGAAUAGGUGUAUACUGGGGUUAUAUGACCUGACAUACUUGUAUGCUGGGCUCAUGUGUCCUGACAUAAGCGUAUGCUGGGGCUGUGUGACCUGACAUAGGUAUAUGCUGGGGUUAUGUGACCUGAUGUAGGUAUAUGCUGUGUUUAUGUGACCUGAUAUAUGUGUAUGCUGGGUUUAUUUGACCUGAGAUAGGUAUAUGCUUUGGUUAUAUGGCCAGAUAUACAUAUAUGCAGGGGUUAUGUGACCUGACAUACAUAUAUGCUGGGGUUAUGUGACCUGACAUACAUAUAUGCUGGGGUUAUAUGGCUUGACUUACAUAUAUGCUGGGGUUAUGUGACCUGACAUAGGUAUAUGCUGGGGUUAUGUUACCUGACAUAGGUAUAUGCUGGGGUUAUGUGACCUAACAUAGAUAUAUGCUGGGGUUAUGUGACCUGACAUGCGUGUAUGCUGGGUUUAUGUGACCUGACAUACGUGUAUGCUGGGGUUAUGUGACCUAACAUAGGUACAUUGUAUAUGCUGGGGUUAUGUGACCUGACAUACAUGUAUGCUGGGGUUAUGUGGCCUGAUAUGCAGGAUGAAUUUAGGGGUAGGACAAGAUUUGAUUUUGAUAAAAAUAUUCUAAAGUUACAUCACUGUACAUGUGUGGCACAUCAUUCUUUUUGAUGUACUAUUACAUGUCCUUCUACCAUGUUGGUGAUAUAUUUUGGUGCAAAAUUUUCUAAACUAAUAGAUGUGUACAGGAGUGUGCCCAAUUCUGGCUGAGUGCAGUGAUGCAGUAGUUGAGUACAGCUGUGCCGGAGGGAAUCGCAUUUCUCUUUUAGUCUUCGUGAUUUUUGUUAAAAGUGCAUGUAUAUUUGAAUCUUUUGCAUUGUUGAAAUGUUGACAUUUUGUAUUGGCAUAAACCAGUUAUUUUCAUCAUGAAGUUUUAUAUCCCAACAUGAGGCACACUCAAAGUGUGCUGUGUUUAUAACCUGACACAGUCCAAGCAUGGUGAUUUUAUAAACAUUUAUGUGAUUUACCAAGGGAUAGCUCAUUAAGUGCCGUCCUGUUUUAGAAUAUGUUUGCAUGUAGCGAAACCAUUAAACAUUGUUAGUCAUAAGAUGUUUUACACGCUUGUUAGUCCCUUAUUAAUGUUUUGGACACGUUAUAUACAUGUUAUUCUUAUGUUUUACACUAGCACUUUAGGUAUACUGGACAGUUUGUGUAUGAUAAUUUCAAACUUUUGUAUAUGCUUGUAUAAAGGACAGGUAAAUUUGCCGUGUAUGACACCACCUGUCCCAAAAUAUUGUAUGGGUUUUUCUCGGAGAUGACCUCUGCAUCAUAGACGACCUCUACAUCAUAGACGACCUGUUUGUUAUAGAUGACCUCUCAUUUCAAAAUAUAUGACCUCUUUAUCAUAAAUGACCUCUCUGCCAUAGAUGGCCUUUCAGUUAUAGGUGAGGUAGAUCUGCCAAUAUUGCAUUAGAGAGUUAGUUGGCUAAACCCCUAGAUUUGUUUGAAAUCUGCUAAUAGUUGAGGAUACAGGAAAUUGUAUCCUGUUUGGGAUGAUAAUCCAGACGAUUUAUUUGCAAAUUAUUUUAUAAGAAAUCAUUUAUCCUAAUAGCUUCACCUUGGUACCUGGAUUUUGUCCUGAAGAGAAGGCAUUGACCUCAGUGAAGGCUAGCUGGAGUUUUCUCUUUGAUUUACUAUUUAAGGCUUUCUGAAAAGACAAUUGUAUAAGUUCAUGCACAGGAUAUAUGUUUGUAUAGUAAGUAUUGCAUAAGUGCUGGGGAGACACUUUUCUGAUGUGUAUAAGCGGUGAUUAUGUCAGUAUUUAUAUGGAUGUACAUGCAUAUAUCUAUAAAUAAACUGAAUGAUAGAUAAA